AUGAACGGGGGUCGCGUGCUCAGGCUGGCGACGUGGCAGGCGCGCGCCUACCUGCGUCAGCUGUGCGCGGCCGUGUGCUACCUGCAGGCGCGCGCCAUCGUGCACAAGGACAUCAAGCCCGCCAACCUGCUGCUCGCGCCCGACGGCCGCCUCACGCUGGCCGACUUCGGCGUCGCCGAGGCGCUGCCGCUCUUCUCGCAGGGCGACACCUGCACGCGCAGCGAGGGCUCGCCCGCCUUCCAGCCGCCCGAGGUGGCGAACUGCGAGCCGUCGUUCUCAGGCUUCAAGCUGGACGUGUGGAGCUGUGGCGUGACGCUGUACUGCAUGCUGCUGGGCGUCCACCCCUUCCUGGAGGGUUGCUCCAGCGUCUACCAGCUGCAGACGCGCAUCGCCCACUACCAGGUGACGUUCCCGAGCAGCCUGGAGGCGGUGUCGGAGGAGGUGCUGCGCGGCCUGAUGGCGCGCCUGCCGGCGGAGCGCUGGUCGGCGGACCGGCUGUCGCAGCACGCGUGGCUGGUGCGCGCCGCGCCCCCGCCGCCGCUAAGGACAGGUAUAAAGUGCAGAGGAGAGGCAUUCUGUGACGCGUGUCGCCGGGCCCGGCGUCAGCUGCGUGGGCGCGUGGGCGCCGCCCUGGCCUUGCGUGCCGCAGUGCCCACGUUCGACUACCGGCGCGGCCCCUGCCGCUCCAGGGUGGCGCGUCCCCCGGCCCGGCCCACGGCUGCUGUCCUCUCGCUGGCCGCUCUGCUGAAGGACAAACAAACACAAGCGCACACGCUGUGGGAGGAGAGCUGUGAUGAGCCGGGCAGAGUUACGGCGCACGCUUCUCGCCUGCUCGUUACGGUCGGCCGUAACAAUGUCGAUUACGUGGCGCAGCGGGCAGGGUCGCCGACCUGUCCCGCGAUGCCCGAUAGGCCAGACCUGCUCCGAUAG